GCAGCGGAGGCAGGAAGCGGCUCAGCCGGUCAAAAAGAUAAAGAUCACGAUUUCAACCGAUUGAAGAUUAAGAGCUGACGCGAUGUCGUCUGGAGCUGACGGGGCCGAGCUGCAGUGCUGCGUGGCGGUGGAGCAGCUGGACGGCUGCGGCCAGGCCACCCGGAGGCAGGUCAUCCGCAAAGCCUCGGUCAUCCUGGGCCGAAACGAGUUCCAGGAGAUCAUCCUGCGCGUGCACGACGGCAAAGUCCCGCAAAGCUACCAUCUGAAGGAGUUCAAGCUUUUCCACAAAUUCGCCAGAGAUGGGAAAUGCACCAUCAAACUGCUGCCUGAAAACCUGCAGGUGCUCAUCUCCAACUGCCCACCGGACCGGCUGAGCCUCUUCCUGAAGACCCUGAGCAUCAAACACCAGGCCUGGAGGAGCGUCAAGCCCCUGACUGACCGAGAGAAGCUCAAAGCGGGGCUGCCCCGCAGCUUCGAGUCCAUCAGCCCCCUGCAGCAGAAGGACAUCCAGAAGGUCAACGAGCUGCGGAGCAAAGCGGCCUCUAAUGUACUGACUGACUGCUCUAACAGGAAGCCCGCUGCAGGCCCUGGACAGCAGGUCAAACGAUCCAGGAGUGACUGUAACUUCAGCCCAGUGAAGGGCAACCCCAGUAAAAAGCCCAUCUUAUCUCUGCCAAUCCGUAAGCUGAAUAAAGAGCAGGCUGCUGUUCUCAGUGCUGUGCUGAGUGGCAGGAAUGUCUUCUUUACUGGAAGUGCAGGUACAGGCAAGUCCUUCCUGCUCAAAAGAAUUAUUGGUUCUCUCCCACCAAAAAGCACCUUUGCCACAGCCAGUACAGGAGUCGCUGCCUGUCACAUUGGAGGAACAACGCUGCACAGCUUUGCUGGCAUCGGUUCCGGCUCUGCCCCUCUGGAGCAGUGUAUUGAGCUGGCUCAGAGGCCCGGGGUGCUGCAGCACUGGACCAGCUGCCGACACCUGAUCAUCGAUGAGGUUUCCAUGGUGGAGGCCCAGUUUUUUGACAAGCUGGAAUCAGUGGCCAGGUCGGUGAGGCGAUCCACCCAGCCGUUUGGAGGCAUCCAGCUCAUCGUGUGUGGCGACUUCCUUCAGCUGCCUCCGGUUUCCAGGGGAAAGGAAAAGGCCAGUUUCUGCUUCCAGGCCAGGAGUUGGCGUAAGGUCAUCCAGGUCAACAUGGAGUUAACGGAAGUGCGAAGACAGACGGAUCAGACCUUCAUCUCCCUCCUGCAGGCGGUGAGAGUGGGCAGGGUGACGGAGGAAGUCACGGCCAGGCUGAUCAACAGCGCCUACCAUCAGAUCGAGAGGGACGGGAUUCUGGCGACCAGGCUGUGCACGCACAAGGACGACGUGGAGCUCACCAACCAGAACAAGCUCCAGCAGCUGCCAGGGUCGGUGCGUGUCUUUGAAGCAGUGGACAGCGAUCCAGCACUAGUGCGGACCAUCGACGCUCACAGUCCUGUCAGUCGGCUCAUCCAGCUCAAAGUGGGAGCUCAGGUCAUGCUAACAAAGAACCUGGACGUCGCCCGCGGUUUGGUCAACGGAGCGCGAGGGGUCGUGGUGGCUUUUGACUCUGGAAAACAGGGACUCCCACGGGUGCGGUUCCUGUGCGGCGUCACCGAGGUGCUGAAGCUGGAGCGCUGGGUGUUCAAGUCCGCCGGGGGGGUCGUCCUGAGCCGGCAGCAGCUGCCCCUCAAACUGGCCUGGGCCAUCUCCAUCCACAAGAGCCAGGGGAUGACACUGGACUGUGUGGAAAUCUCUUUGGCUCGAGUGUUUGAGAGCGGCCAGGCGUACGUAGCCCUGUCCCGGGCUCGGAGUCUAGAGGGUCUGAGGGUCAUGGAUUUCGACCCCCAUGUUGUCCGCGCAGAUCCAGAUGUUCUGAUCUUCUACAAGAAACUAAGAAAGGAGCGGCUGCUCACGCAGGCCUCCAUGGACGACUUUCUAGACAACCGCAACAAAGAAAAUGUGUGGUGAGGAUGAGAGUGUGUGUUAAUGAUGGGAAGGUGUGCACUGUGUGCAUGAGGAAUGCUGUCUGUGCAGUGAUGAUCUACUUCACAGAUCUGUUUUUUUUUUUUUUUUUUAACACUGGUUGUGUCUGGAGUCACAC